UCGGGGCGGGGCUUGAAGAUGCUGGGGUGGAGCCUGAGGAUCGCGGCCCUGGGAGCCUGAGAGAUGCGGAGUCAGAGGGUUGCCGGGGUCGGGUCCUGAGGAGCACCCGGGGCGGGGCCUGGUGUAUCUUCAAGCCAAAGGACACCUACCAGCAUCGGCUCUGUGGCCUUGUGCACACAGCCCAGCUCCCUCCAGGCAGUUCCUACAGACAGCCUGGUUCCCACGCCUUUGUGCACACAGCCCAGCUCCCUCCAGCCUCUGCCACAGCAGCCCCAGGCCCUCUCUCUGACCCUUGAGGCUGCUGGCCAUGGCCGAGAGAGUGCUGGUGCCCACCCAGGCGGGCCGGGGGGACCGCUACUACACGUACACCGAGCUGCUGGCCAUCUCGCGGCGCUUCCGGCAGAGCCCCAAUGAGCUCAUGGUCACCUGGAUCCUACGGGUGUAUGACCAGGGGGGCCCUGCCCUGUCUCUCAAUUCCGGGGAGCUGGGGCUGCUGGGCGACCUCACCCACGACGCCAUCUUCAACUACCGUUGCAAGGCCCUGCGAGGUGGCUGCCAGACACUAGUAAGCUGGCUGCUGCAGGCCUGGCGCCAGCGCUGGGAGUCCUCCCUGCAUUUUGAGGCCACCGAGCUGCCCUUCCGGCCGUGGACCACCAUGGAGGAAGGCAUCCAGCUGGUGCGCGAGCUGGGCAUGCUCGAGUGGAUCUACCUUGACCCAGAGGGGCCUGUGGCUCUGGCCCCUGAGGACGUGCCCUUCACCCAGGGCUUGCAGCGGCGCCUGCUCACAGCUGCACCCUCCGAGCUGCGGCUCUCCCUGGUCAGCUUGCUGGUGCGGGGCAUGACUGUGCUGGAGGCUGUGAUGGAGAUACAGACCAUCGCCGACGUGGGCCUGCUCUGGCGGCAGAGCCAGCCUGGCCGCACCAAGCUCAUGUUGGGGCCCAACCCAACUCGCAAGGACCUCCUGGGCUGGCUGCUGAGCCGUGGGGUGCCCCGGGAGCAGGUGGACAAGCAGCCCACCAAGGUGCUCCUGGAGCUCUAUAUCAAGGAGGCCAAGCGCAGCCGAGGUCACCCCACCUACGGGCUGGCGGAGGAGCAGCCCCCCCCACCCCCGUACUCUGACCAGGCCUGUGGGGAAGAGCCACCCGUGCAGCACGAGUAGUCUGGGCUACUGGGAAAGUAGGCUUGAGUACCUUCCCAAAUACCCCCUAGUUCUGAUGCCACAAUCAGUGACCCCAAGAGGGUUGUCCUUAUCCUCAUCCACAGCUCAUGGGGAAUGAGCCACAGGUGGCCACCUGCAACCCCUGGAGGACACAAGCCCCUGGGAGCUGAACCGUUCAGGCCAUGAUGAGGUGGGUGGCCACAGCAAGGUCCCCACCCCUCUGUUGCCCAGGCCCCAAGUACCAAUAUGUAUAGGCCAUCUUGAAUUUUUUACUUUUCCAAUGCAGCAUUUUUACAUGAUGUUUUACUCCCGUGUGAUACUUCCUUUAAUUGUAAGGGCUCAGAACUUUGACUUAACAUUUUAUUUUAAGCAUAUUCGACACUUUAGGGCCAGGCCCUCAUGGUAAGGGCUUCCUUCGAGUUUAAACUUUUCUAAUGCAGCACUUUUACUUUAUAUUUUAUUUUGAGCUUGUGUGACACUUUAGUUUUAGGGAGGGAAGGGUCCCCCUUUGUAAGGACUUUCCUUGGGGGGUCCUGUUCCAAUUUUCUUUUAGCCACACCCUUCCCUUCUGAAGCAUGUCCCAGCUGGCUCUGGUUUGCCUGGCUGCACACAUGGCCUCUGGCCAGUGUGGGUCUGUGUUUGCCCGGGGAACGAGGCAUACAGCCCUGGGGGCUCUGCCAGUUCCUAUUAAAUGGCUGUUUCGUUGCCCUCCAA